CUGUGAAGCCGGUGCAGGGCAGGAAAAUCGUGGCUUUUUCCGCUCUUCCAAUAGACCUGGCCACCAUGACACUAUUGCUGGUCGGUGAACAACAGCGAUGGCUACCAGUACCGGGUUCUCAGAGAGCUCUACGUGUAUGGAUUUCCCUCUGUGCAGCGCUGGUGUUGAUACAACUGUCACAAGUGCCCUCCCUAUCGCAAAACUACUGGACCAGAAGGGACGACAACAUGAACGACAUGGAGUUGCAGUUCCACACACAACGGCUUCAAGUACUCCAAAAUGUGGAGGAAUCCAACCUUUUGGACUGGGGAGCCUAUCAUGACUUUCACCAGUAUCUGGAUCAUUUUGAUUUCUAUGUACUGAACAAGACAGCAGAUCCUUCACCACCACUGCAUCAACUGACCAACUACAGCUACUUUCAUCUCCCCGACGAGAAGGGGGCUGAUGGUUUGUGUUGGGCAGCCAAGUUGUUUUACAAGCACUAUCAACAACCAAAUGCUACGGCUUUGCCACAUGUUCUGUUUGCCUAUCUCAAUCGAGAUUGGGGUGCCUUUUCUGUCAAGUGGCUGGCUGGAGUCUAUCUUCAUCCAGACUACACCGAGAGACUUGCCAAGAAGCAAAAGGAAUGCUAUGAUCAAAAUGGCAACAAUAUACUUGAUUUAUACUUGAACCAUCCCAAUACCAAGGCUGUCAUCACUACCCAAGCACAUGAUGUUUCAUAUGAAAAGGGCCAUUCCAUUGCCUUGGGAUUGGAAGCAUCUGUACGAGCCAACUUGAUUUCCAGGCUACUCCAACAACAACAGCCCCACCAACCAAGGCCUGUCCUGCUAUACAUUAAUUACCGGGAAUGGGAGUUUCGCACAGCACCUCUGCAGCCUCUGCACGAACGACUGCAAGUACCCAACAGCUAUCAGCGGCAGUGGGACCCUCAUAACGUCGAUCCAGCAACCUUUCUCCGUCCAUUGACUCGUCUCCACCAAAUUCAUCAAAGCAUUCUAGAAUUUGUGCGCCACAAGAUAUUAAGAAUUCCCCUUUCCCAGGAAACACAGUAUUUUCACAACAUUAGUCAUGCCAAGUUUAUGCUUUCCCCUGUGGGGUGGGGAAUGGAUUGCUACCGGAACUAUGAAAUGUUGUACAUGGGCACCAUUCCCGUGAUCGAGACCCGGAAUCACACCCACAACAGAUGGUUUCGUGUUUUUGAUGACCUCCCAGUGGCAUUCAUUGAUCACUAUGACAACCUGACAAAUGAAUGGCUGGAGGCGGAAUACAGGAGGAUAUUGCAGGGCUCCUAUCGUUGGGAAAAACUGACCAAACAGUACUGGGUGAAUUUUACCAAGGCAUUUGUGGAAUGAAUUGAUUGCAGAAGGAAGGAUCCGAGGGACAGUAGAUCAUCCAGAAGCUACCUUGACAAUUGUCAUUACCUAAUCUAUCGGUACCGUAGGUCAUUGGGUCAACGCAAAUAUGGACUGGUAGUUGUAAGCACAAGCAAAAGGCUUCUACUUUUUCUUUAGACGUGGUAACCAUCGCAGUUGUCAUUACCAAAUCUAUACCGGUACCGUAGGUCAUUGGGUCA